UUCCGACCAGUUCUAGAUUCCCCUGAGCCGUCGUUGCUAGUCGUCGGCUUCAUAUCGAAUGUUAGACCGAGAGGCAAGAUAUAGGAGGGUUCAUCAUGAAGAUCUUUCACAUGGUUCCCUCCUUCUACCCUGUUUCCUUGUUCUAUUUUCGGUCUGUGGCCAUCACCUUGCAUCUUCUAGAGCUAUAUCUUACCUACAAGUAACCUCACUCAUCUGAGCCCACUUGUUGAAUGCUAUAGCUACCUAGGUAUCAGCUGGGACUGCGAAGUCAAGAACCACGACAAGGACUAAGGACUUACACAGCUGAGUGGAACGGCGCAUUGGCUUCAACCCUUAGAGAUGGCUAAAAACUGGGGGCUCACGACUACAUUGGUAGCCAUAGCGUCGAUCUUUUCCGGCGUAUUCGCGCAGAACUACCCUCUAGUCACCGAUUCAAGAUGUAACUGCUACCGAACCAACACGACGACCUCUCACUACUUCACUCACCACCGCUUCUUCGACUUCCGGGAAAUGUCCCAAUAUGUCAAAGUACCAGCACCUAUUAACGACCCAGCAGGUGCUGCCAACGCGCCUGUGACGAACAACUACUUCAACGACCCUGCUUGGACAAGUGUGUGGUCCAUCCAGAAUUGGAACAACAGCGCUCUCAUGAACGGAAGUUCGGAUGUUACCGGAAGCGACGCAACGAUACUAAUGGUGAACACGGCGAACAACAUGUACUUCGACCAAAACAAGGAUCCAAACCCAUCGUCUAAGACAUAUCUCGUAAUGCGAACCACGCGCCACGAGAAGUUCCAGUCGGCUUCCGAGAUCGAGUCCAUCUCACUGGGUUAUCGAUACAUAUCGAUCCGCAUGUACGCCCGGACCAGGGGUCCCCCGGGAGCUAUUACGGCUAUGUUUACCUUCCGCGACGCGCAGAAGAUAGCACAGGUCCAGGAAGCGGAUCUCGAGGUUAGGACUUCGGACCCGAAGUACUCAAUCCAGUACACGAACCAACCGUCCUGGAACGAGACUGGAGAUAUCCCCCAGGCGACCCGCAACGUCUCGAUCCCGAACCGCGUGGAUUGGUCUAACUGGCAGUACCACCGAAUGGACUGGACCCCUGGCUCCACCAGUUGGUUCGUCGACGGACAGCUCAUGUCCUCGAUCCAAUUCCAGGCUCCCCGCGACGCAAGCCGUAUUAUGUUCAACAGCUGGAGUGACGGCGGUAGCUGGAGCGGCAACAUGACGACUGGUCAAUCGGCCGAGAUGCAGAUCCAAUGGAUUGAUAUCGUAUACAACAGCACGGAUCCGACCCCCGGAAACCCGUUUACUAACCCCGGAGCUGGAGGAUCUUGCGCGAAUACCUGCAGUAUCGAUUUGACCUCGAAGACCGGCACCCCUGUGCUAAUAUCCGGACCUCAAGGUUCGAAUCCUAGUCCCGGAGGCGGCAAUGCUUGCACUUCAGCUAAGUGGGGACAAUGUGCCGGCAAGACAUGGAAUGGAUGUACGGCCUGUGCCGCUGGAACCUCCUGCAAGUUCCAGAACGACUACUAUUCUCAGUGCUUGUGAUGGAUUUCUGGUUAUGUUAGCGUUGAUAUUUAUUGAUUUUCAUGCUCGUUUUGCUUAGCUGAUACCAAGAAUGAACUUAGAUAUAACAAUAAUUUAUACAUAAAAAUUUCUCUACUAAUUUUGAUGUUAUAUGAUGGUGUAUUUGUACUAUUCUUUCGAUAGAGAGUCAUAUAGGUGUUUAAGGGAUACCCUGCGAUGGUCUUUAAUAUCGGUGUGAGACAAUACUUGUAGUUGGGCUAAUGAAUCGUCUUGGACAUUGUAUAAGCCAUCGGUUGUCUAAAACCUAUC